CCAAUCCUUUACUUCCCUUUCCAGCGAUCGGUGCUGUUUCUCCUAACCUUUUCUUCACCGUCGAAUCCAUUUCCUUCUUCAACCUGCUUCCACAAUCAGUUCCUGAUUUCGAACUGCAACAAUCGAUUUUAGGGGUAAACAAAUCAAGAUUAGAAGGGAGAGGCACAAAAAGGAGGAGAACGCUGUUCAUCGUCUUGUUUUGUAUUCCAUCACGCCUCCCUGAAAUCAAUCCCAAAUUCGACAUCCAUAAUUCGAAGCUUCUUGAGUUGAUCAAGAAAUUGAUGUUCUUUCUGUGAUCGACUUCACUGAUCAAGAUUCCGACUUCCAGAAUUUGACAUCAAACUCACUAAUUUUUUUUAAAAGGUGAGUUGUAGUGGAUGUUAAAGCAUGGCUAAGAUCAGAGACCGAACUGAAGACUUCAAAGAUGCUGUCAAUAGGGGAGCUUUAUCUUUGGGAUUUAACGAGGCCAAAAGGGCAGCUCUAAUGGCAUCUUUCAUCAUGCACAAACCUCGUGAAAGAUCACCUUUCACCAAAGCUGCAUUAAAAACACUAGAAAGCAUUGGGACUCUAGAACAGUUCUUGAUAAAGCAUAGAAAGGAUUAUGUAGAUCCUCAUCGUACCACAGAAGAGGAAAGAGACAGCAUUGAACAUGAAGUUAGUGUUUUUGUAAAAGCUUGUAAAGAACAAAUUGACAUUCUGAAAAGCAGCAUAACUGAUGAAGAAGCAAAUGCAAAAGGUUGGCUUGGAAUUCGGGGUGACAAUGCUAAUGCUGAUACUGUUGCACACAAACAUGGAGUGGUUUUGAUUUUAAGUGAAAGUCUUCAUUCAGUGACAUCACAGUUUGAUCAACUGAGAGCUAUACGUUUUCAAGAAGCUAUUAAUCGAGCCAUGCCAAGAAGAAAACCAAAACCAAAGCGGGCCCCACUUGAAAAAACAGAAACAACAAGUUCAUCAGAGACGAGGGACCAAAGUGAAAUUACAACUGAACCCAUGAAAGUACAACAGCAAGUUUUAGAUGAUGAAACACGUGCUCUUCAGGUGGAGUUAUCGAGUCUUCUUGAUGCUGCGCGUGACACCGAAACAAAGAUGGUAGAGAUGUCGGCAUUGAAUCAUUUGAUGUCGACACAUGUGUUGCAACAAGCUCAACAAAUUGAGUAUUUGUAUGAUCAGGCGGUUGAAGCAACAAAGAAUGUUGAGAUGGGUAACAAGGAGCUAAGUCAAGCGAUAGAGAGGAACAGCAGUAGCAGAGUUUUUCUGUUGCUUUUUAUUGCUGUUUUUACUUUUACUAUUCUUUUUCUUGACUGGUAUGAUAAUUAGUACUUAUAAAUUAUGUUUUUAUUUCAAGAGCCAAAAAUGAGUUGAUUGGUGUUAGUUAUAAGUUAUAUUUCAGUAGCAUUUAUGAAUAAUGUAAAAUUAUUAUUAUUAUUAUUAUAUUUCAAUGAGGAAGGAGGGCAAAAAGGGACAGUGUUGUUACUUGUUA